AUGCCCUUCUCAUCGGCUGCCGACUUCGACGAUGCACUUGCCAGCGUCCGGGCAUCAUUUGCGCGCGGCAAAACAAAGGAUAAAAAAUGGCGCAAGCGACAACUGCAGCAGGCAUGGUGGAUGGUUGAGGAUAACAAGGAGCGCAUGCAAGAGGCCCUGUACAAAGACCUGAACAAACAUCCUCAGGAAACACUACCAUUCGAGGUAGCUGGCUGCCAAGCUGAUAUCUUGAACACCCUGGAGCAUCUGGACGAGUGGACACGAGAUGAGAAACCGGAACGGACCAGUCCUCUCAACUUCCUGGGCGGUGCAACGGUUCGCAAGGAGCCCAAAGGCGUAGCUUUGAUCAUUGGAGCAUGGAACUUCCCCUUCACUCUCCUCUUGGGUCCCAUGUUCGACGCGAUCGCGGCGGGUUGUGCGGUUAUCGUUAAGCCGUCAGAUGUUGCUACCGCCAGCCAGGACUUGUUGAUGGAAAUCAUCCCGAAAUAUCUGGACACCGACGCUAUCCGAUGUAUCUCAGCGGGAGCCAAGGAGAUGGGCUACAUUCUGGAGCACCGUUUCGAUCAUAUCUUCUAUACGGGGUCUGCGACAGUGGCCAAAUUUAUUACUGCUGCGGCAGCCAAGCAUUUGACCCCAGUUACGCUGGAGCUGGGAGGACAAGGCCCGGCCAUCGUCUGUCCUUCAGCGGAUAUCGAACUCGCCGCGAAGCGAAUUGCAGCAACCAAAUUUAUGAACGCCGGCCAGAUCUGCCUGAAUGUAAACCAUGUCUUCGUCCACCCAACUGUGCAUCGCGAAUUUGUCGAUCAUCUCAAGAAGUACUUCGACUUAUUCCUCGGCGGGGACCGAGAAAUAUUGCCAACAUACUACACACACAUAAUCAACGAACGCAAUUUCGAUCGUCUCGAGCGGUUGUUACAAAAUACGUCCGGCAAUGUUGUCUAUAGCGGACAGCGGAACAGAGCAGAUCUCUCCUUCAGCCCCACGAUCGUCACUGGCAUCGAACCCGGAGACAGUCUCCUCUCGGAGGAGCUCUUCGGCCCCAUAUUACCCAUUAUUGAUGCCGACCUGGACACCGCGAUAUCCAUAAUCAACAGCAUGGAACAUCCGCUGGCCAUCUACGGUUUCAGCCAGCAACAGAAGGACAAGGACCGAAUCCUGGCUGAGACAUUGUCCGGAGGCGUGACAUUCAACGACUGCAUGCUUCACGUAGCUGCAAAGGGUGCUCCAUUUGGCGGCGUUGGCCAGUCCGGCAUGGGCAAAUCCUUGUCUGGAGGAUACGUACCAUAA